CUCUCUGCUGAUUUCUCCCUUCUUUGACGUUGCUCAUUACUUUGCUGGAGAGUGAUUCACUUCUCUUGCUCCAGCAUCGCCAGAUCCAUUGAGCUCCUCAGAGCGUUUUCUUUUGCCGUCCUUCCUGACAUCUGACGAGAACGAUGUAUUGUUGACCAAUACUUUCCGAUCAGUGAACUCAUCUUUAGCCUGAAGUUCACCAUACAUAUACUAUGCAGUCUGGACUGUGAUAUUGUUGAAGUCUGUGCUCCUGCGCCAAAAGGACUAAGCAUACGAAAAGUCCGACCAGAUCUACAGCUAAGAUGGUUGACACUUUGCAUCCCCCAGAGUCAGUCAUUGCAACCUGGCCCAAACCAAACUAUAUCGAUCCCCAGAGCAGAGGCCCAGCCUUGGAGUAUGUGUGCAUCAUCUUCGCCGCGGUAGGCACAGCAACCGUCACAGCUCGAAUCUACUCGCGGCUCUUCAUCACCAAAGCCCCUGGUUUCGACGACCUCCUCAUCGUCCUCGCUCUUCUCUUCCUCAUCGCUCUAUCGGUCCUUGUGGCGAUUGGCAACAGGGUUUACUUCAUCGGUCGCCAUGUCUGGGACAUUCCGAUCGAAACAUUCGUCGGAUCCCGGCUCAACAUCUGGGUCAGUCUGUGGUGCUUCGUUGCCGCCAGCACCCUGAUCAAGGUCAGCGUGCUCUUGUUCUAUCGUCGCCUCAGCGUCAAGUUCAGCAGGGCUUUUCUCAUAGCCACCUGGGUCGGCAUCGCCUACAACGUCCUCUACCUCGUAUCCUUCGCACUAGGAAUCCUCCUGCUCUACGACCCCAUCCACGCCUAUUGGAAGAGCUUCGAUCCCGUCUGGGCUGCCACGCAUCACUGGCAUAACGGUGCCGAGGGUGUCGCAGUGCCGGCCUCGGCUGCGUUCAGCGUACUAGGCGAUCUCUACAGCACACUUCUCCCGCUGAUCCUGGUUUACAAUCUCGACCUUCCCAUCAGACAAAAAAUGGCCUUGUACGUCCUGUUCGCCCUUGGAUUCAUGGCGGUAGCGGCCGGUCUGGUCAGGACCGUGUUACUGUACAGACUCCUCAAUGUCGACUACGAUUUUUCGUGGCAGUUGUGGGUUACCUGGAUAUGGUCACUGCUGGAGCUGUAUCUGGGUCUCUUUGCCGCCAGUGCUCCUGGUCUCAAGCCAUUCUUCCGGCGAAUCUUCGUCGACUCGAUUAAUAGUCUAGCCAAGAAUUCCCGUGGACGAUUGGGUGGCAGCAGUGGUGCGCAGCUUGACCAAAAAGGCACAUGGGUCUCCGAGACACAAACUUCGAAAGGACAUAUUAGCGUCAGUAUGUCUGUGGACGUGGAGAGGAUAGGGAUGGCUUACGGUGGAGAUGACCAUAACGCCCGAGAGAUGGGGUUCUUGCGGGACAUUGAACAGGACAAAACACGACACUUCGAGCUCCGCGCCAGUCGGGACGGCAAGAAGAUCAUUCCGAUGCAGGUCUUCAAGCAAGCUGAUGGCAGCACAACACCAUCAGUAACCGCAAACCCGUUCGCGGACGAGCAGGCGCAGUCCACUUCGACGCCGCGGACGAACUGGCCCAUGCCGCCGCUGACCAGCAACCCUCCACCACGACCCCGACGAAGCAACGAGUAUCUUCCAUCCCUCGUACCGCAACAUCCUCUGCACGUCGGUCUCCACUUUGACAAGUCGAAGCAGGCGGAGGACGGCACGAGACCGCCGACGAGAGGAGGCAGUGUGAGAGCCGCCAGACUGAGAGCACAAGAGCAACAAAACAGCCCAUCACCGAGCCGUGGAUCCGGCCUGAACCCUAGACCAUUCGAGGAUCAUCACGAUGGCUUAGGCGCUGGAUCGAAGCUCGAGUCUCCAAGCGAUACAGAAGACGAGGUGUCAAUUUACAACGAUGAUAUUGCGCCAUACAACAGGAUCGUGACGUCGAGUAGCGUGCAGACAAGAGAACUCAGCUCCAGUGAUGAGACUUUGCAUCUGCCCAGGAUGGGUAGUAGAAGUCCUGAUAGAAGAAGGGCAACCACUACAACCACCAGGGGUGGGAUUGGAUAUGCAGCAUGAUUCUGAUGAGGGAAUUGUAUGAUUGAUGAUAGAACUGUGAGAUGUCAGGCAGGCGGCGGGAAAGUCCUGACACGCUGAUCCUGUGUAUAAAGAAGGACCUUGUGUCCUAAGGACUUGAUGUCCGUGUUUAGCACCCGAAACCCUGUUGAGUAUGUUCCUUGCAACAUCUGCACUGU